AUGGAGGAAGUGCCCCAGGAAUUGAGUGGCCGAGAAGAUGAUCAGUGUGUGAAGAAGGCGACGGAGGUGAAGUCGAGCGAGGAUGCUGUAGCUGUGAGUGGAAAGGGAGGAAAAGGCAGCAGCGGUGGUAGCGGUAGUGGCAACGGCGGGGAGGCCGCGGCUGGGACGAGUGGAGGGGCCGGUGGCUACCUGUUCAAUUUGAUAGAUCGAUUUAACCUGAAGAAGGUGAAGCAGAAGGUGGGAGAAGACGAAGGUGGCAACUUGAAGGAGCCAAAUGAGUGCAAUGGUACAGACAAGAACGGAGACAUGCAGAAAGGAGCUGGUGAUGCAAAUCGCGAUGAUGAUGCGAGUCGAGAUGAUGAUGCAGAGAAGGCGGAAGAGCCGGAUCUCGUCGUGAAGAAUGAUAAUGGCAGUGGUAAGAAGGGCGCAGAGGAAGAGCCCCAGGAAGGGGUGGAAGAAGAAGACGGUAGUGAAGAAACUGGCGAGACGGGCGAAACGGGCGAAACUGCCGAGACAGCCGAGAUAGCAGAGAUUGCCGACAUCGCCGAAGGUGUGGAGAAGAGCGGCAGCCGAGGGAACCCCCAAGAUGAGAUCGACGAGGGAGAAAGCGAACCCGUUUCUUGUGACGGCGGGAAGAAAGCAACUAGCAAGGGCGCUCCAGAGGACAAGGAGAAGCCAACCAAUGCGUCAGACCCCGCCACGGAAGGAUGUGGUGAUACGAGCAACGAGAGGGGAAGUAACAGGGAGAAGAGUGGCCCCUCCGAACGGGAAAGCGGAAACUGCUGUGAGGACCUGUUGAUGAAGAACCCAUGCGAUAAGGAGCUAACCAAAGUGCAGGAGCUAAUCAAGCAAAUAAAGAAAAACGAAGAGCUGCACAGUGACGAGCCCAACGGAGACCUGUUCUUUCUCUACGACGAGCUGUACCACACUCUUCUUGACCGCCUAGAAUCUGCGAAAUUGAAAAAUAAAGACAUGAAGAAGCUCAUCAAAAGGGAGAUGGAGAAGUUUAAGGAGAACCACAGCAUCGUGUCGGACUACCUGAAGGGCUGCGAGCACGAGGUGAAAGCGAUGCUGCUGAGUUGGGGCGGCGAUGGGGGUGGCGAUGGAGGUGGCGAUGGUGAGCAGUCGGGUGAACAAUCAGGUGAGCAGCCUCGCGAACAGUCUGGUGAGCAAUCAGGUGAAAAGUCUUGUGAACAGUCCGGUGAGCAGCCUCGUGAGCAACCCGGUGAGCACCCCUUUGAACAGUCCCGCCGGCAGUCGGAGGAGAGCCAGCCAGCGGCCCCUCGGCAGCUCGACGAAAGGAUGUUAAGCCAAGUGAAGAAGUCAUUCUACCAGUACUUAGGGGAAAAACUGGAUGACGCUUAUUAUGAUCACAGCGCGUUGGAGGAGAGUUUGCUGCACAACAGGAACCUGAGUUUGCUGUUCCUUCUGUUUUGCCAAAAGCAUAUUAUUCAUUUUGUGGAGGAGGUGUUUUGCACCAUGUGUCUGAUUGUAGAGGAGAGUGAGAAGUGUAGGAACCAAAUGAGCUCCCUGUUGAAGCGGCUCACCUGUAUGAAUCUCUUUUUGCACUUCUUAAUUACGACGAAUGAGCGGAACGGCGGUGUGGGGAGCGUUGUGCAUACUGCUGGAAGUAGCAGUGGUUGCGUGCAUGGACUGUAUGGUGAUAGGGUCUGCCACGGGGAUAGGGCCUGUCAUGGGGAUAGGGUCUGCCACGGGGAUAAGACCUGCCAUGGGGAUAAGACCUGUCAUGGGAACAGAACCUGCCACAGCGACAUGAUGCUGUGCAUAAACGGAGUGAGUACCCAGAUGCGAAUGCACCUGAUGGAGAGCAAAGACUACCUGGACGUCAAGCGGGAGACGGAGGAAGUGGGUGAGAACGACGACGAGCACCACCACCUGCAUCACCACUUGCAUCAGCAGUUGCACCCCCAUCAGCAGUUACACCAGCAGUUGCAUCCCCAUCAGCAGCUGCACCAGCAAUUGCACCCUCAUCAGCACCUUCACCCGCAUCAACACCUGCACGCGCACCACCUGCACCACCACCACCAUCUGCACCAUCACCACCACGAGCUGGCUAACAAAACUAACUUCAGCUCAGUGAGCAAUGGGAGCAGCAAGACCAGUAAAAUCAACAGGCUGAGUUUGAACAAGAAGACCUCCAAUUACUUCCGGAAGGACGUAAACGAAACGCAGGUCAGCCUGUCCACCUGCCUGACGGAGACGUCCGUUGUGGAUAAGAAGGUGCGAGACAAAAAUGUGAAGAAGAAGGUUGUGGGCAACGAGAAUGGUAGCAGCGGUGCGGUCGAGCCGAGCGAGAAGGGGUCCGCCCCCCCCAAGAAGGCGCCGUAUGAGAACGCGGCAAGUGGCAGCGCGAAUGGGAGUGGAAAUGGGAGCGGCCAUGGGAGUGGCCACGGAAGCGGCAACGGGAGCCGAAGCGGGAAGAACGCGCAGGGGAACGGCGUGGCGAACGACUACUUCAGCGACAUGAUGGUCUACAUCUCGUGGGUCCCCAAGAGCGCCCGGUGCCAGUACCCAUUAGAGCUGCCGAAAAACUCGGCGGAGAGGAACAAGCUAGCCGAAUACAUAGAGGCCAAGGAGCAAAUGCUCUACAUUUUGAAGCUCAUGGGGUACGAAGAGAUAGACAAUAUAUAUUUUCACCCACCAAAAGGAUCCCACAUCAAAAUAAAAUUUAAAACGCUAUCCUGCAUGAACAAAUUCCUGAAGGCGUAUAAAAACACCCCAGACAAGUGGAAGGAGGACAUGUUUAAUUUUUUUAACAUCCCCUUGAGGAGCAGCAUUUCCGUGAGGGACCUUCGGAUUGAGAGAGCUGUUCCUAGGUCGUCUGCGGCAGAGUUUAAAAAAAUUAAAAAAAUGAAUAAAAAUUACCACGAUUUGUUUUUAUUUAAGGAUAAUUAUAACCUGUGUGAGGAUGGCAAUAGCAACGCUUCCAAAAUGGAGAAGGUCAGUCUGCACUACGAUGCGUUUAACAAGCAUAUCAUUGUGCAUAACAAGGCAGGAGGGGCAACCCCAGACGCGUCGGCGUCUGUGACUGCAUCCGCGUCCGCGUCCGCACCCGCUGGCGUUGCUGCCACCCCCACUGCGGCAGGGGCGGUAGGGGUGGGAAUAACGGACCACCACCAUCAUCACAGUGGAAGCUCCCAUGUUGGCUUGAAAAAGAGCGUUGAUCAGAGAAAGGGCAUUUCCAAGAUGAAGGGCGUCAUGGGAUCCCUGGGUGGUGAACUUACCUCGGGGGUUGUUGUGCAUGGCGUGGGUGGAAGUCGGUCAGCUCUGGAGGACCUGCACAGCGCCAGCAUGGCUUUGGGCGUGGACGCCGCGAGCACCGCUUCGUACGGAGGUUUGGGCGGCUUUGACGGUGUGGGCAGUUUGGGCGGCGGCAUUUCCGGCGGCCUUUCCAGCGGCGUGACGAACAUCAUCGGGGGCGUGGCCGCUGGCAGCGGGACGCACGCGCACCACCCCUUCUCGGGCCACAACAACACCAGCAGCACCACCACCACGGCCACCGCGUUGAUGGCGUCCAACGGAAUGCUCAACAAGGUUAGCGGCGUGAGUGGAGUUAGCGGCGGCAGCGGGGUUUACUUAGGGGGCAAGAGCGGCGGGAAUAACGUGCGCGAUGGAGGCCGGACCUUCCUAGCGGGCACCCACAUGGGGAGUGGAGUCGUGACUGGGGUCAGCGGCAUGGGAGGCAGCGUCGGCGGCCACUACGGCAGUCACGCAGGAUCACACAUGGGAAGCCAUCUAGGAAGCCACCUCGGAUCGCACCUCGGAUCGCACCUCGGAUCACACCUCGGAGCCCACCUCAGCAGCGACACCUUCAACCACUGCCCCAGCGGAAGGAUGCACAGCGGCUGCCUCAGUAACAAGGGGGGGAGCCUAAAACCGAGCUACCCCAUUAACCACAACAAUACCAUGUACACGUCCAGGAGCUCCUCGAAAAAUUUGUACCUCAUGAAGAGCGCCAAGAAUGUCAGCGGCAAGGGCACAUGCGUUGGAAUGAGUAGCGCUGCCGGCGGAGCAGCAGCGGCAACAUCGGGGGGAGGGUCCUUUCUCUCCAGCGCCAAGUUCCUCGGAAGCGGCAGUAGCAGCAGCAAUAACGGCAUGCAUGCCAUGAACAAGGAUAUGCUCACCAAUGGAAGUUACACUUUGAAGAAGCAGACGCACUACGCGUCCUUCUCGAAUAAUUCCAGCGGGAAUGUAAAUUCGCUGAGCGAUCAUCUGUAUGCCUUUAAUGGAAGCGGCGGGAGUACGGCCAACGUGAAUGGGUUGAGCGGUGCACACGCGAUGAGUGGUGGCGCCAUUGGUAGUAGCGCCAUUGGUAGUAGCGGCUUAGGGAGCAGCGGCUUAGGGAGCAGCGGCUUAGGGAGCAGCGGCUUAGGGAGCAGCGGCUUAGGGAGCAGCGGCUUAGGGAGCAGCGGCCUAGGAAGCCACAACUACGGAGGCAGCAGCAUCAUCGUCAACAGUAUUAAUAACAACACGCAGCACAGCAACAACAACAGUAAUAAUAACUCGACGAGGGGCACGCAGAAUGGAACCACCAAUUUGAAUCACUUCGCGACGAGUUCCCAUCUGGAUGCGGCUGCGCUCAGCAAGGAGAAGCAUAUCCUGCGUGGAUUUAAAGGUUGCUACAUGGGCCUGGGAGGAGUAGGAGGCGGCGGGGUGAGCGCCAUGGGCAGCUUCGGAGGGGGAAGCGCGUACUCGGAGAAUAACCUGAAUAACAGCUGCAGCAACAGUUGCAGCAACAGUUGCAGCAACAGCGUCAUCAACAACGGCCACCACCACGGGUUGAUGGGCUGCUCCCACGGGCGCGUGGGGGGGGGCGAGUCCCUCAAGUCGCACCCGGCAAGUGGGAGUGGCGGCGGUAACGGCCACGGAAGCGGAAGCGGAAGUGGAAGCGGCAACGACAACUGCCUGGAGAACUGCCUGGAGAACUGCCUGGAGAGCUGCCUAGAGAACUGCCUGGAGAGCUGCCUGGAGAGCUGCCUGGGCAACUGCCUGGGCAACAAGUGCGGGUCCGAGGGCGCCAGCCAAAAGUACGGCGCCCAAAACGAUGAGCUGAAGGAGGACUUCAAAAAUUUGAUCAACAUAGAUUUCAUCAACGAAAUAGACGUGGACUUUGAGGAGAAGCACAACGACAACGUGUCACUGCAGAAUGGCAGCCGUGGCAGCGGUGGCAGCGAUGGUAGUGGGCAUAAUAGUGCGAAUGUGUGCAAAGGGUUUCAGCGGCUGCACAACAGGCAUUUGAGCAGUGGGAAGCGGUUCAACGCGCUGGGCAGCUGCAUGAGCGAGGGGCUGCUGAGCGCCAGCGCCACGUGCGUGGGCAACUGUCUUGGGGGCGGAAGCUGCCUCGGCGGAAGCUGCCUCGGCGGUAGCUGCGUGCAGAAUUGCCUCGGCGGCAGCUGCGUGGAGAACUGCCUGGGCGGGAGCUGCGUGGGCAGCUGCAACGGCAGCGUCAAGGCGCCAGACUUCGACAAGUUCGACAAGUUUGAGAAGUUCGGGGCCUACGAGAGCUACGACGGGUUUGGGAAGUUUGACAAGUUUGACAAGUUCGACAAGUUCGACAAGUUUGACAAGUUUGACAAGUUCGACAAGUUUGACGGGUUUGAGAAGUUUGACGGGUUUGAGAAGUUUGACGGGUUUGAGAAGUUUGACCGGUUCGACAAAUUCGAGACGUAUGAUAAGCUCCCCUUUGAGAGCGGGUCCCGAGAGCCCAGCUACCUCCUGAACGGAGCGGAAGGUGGGGCAGCGGCGGAAGAGGUGGAAGAGGGGGAAGCGGCGGGAAACGUGGAAGAGGGGGAAGCGGCGGGAAACGUGGAAGAUGGGGAAGCGGCGGGAGAAGCAGGGGCAGAGGCAAACCCCUUCAACGGCGAAUGCGACUUCGCCUACGGCAGUGCCAGCCGAAGCAGCAACCACAAGGGCGGAAGCGCCUGCGGAGUGCCCGCCGAUGAGGGCGCGGGGGUGGUCCUGUCCGAGGGCUUUAACCGCUACUUCUGCGAGGAGGGCCCCAAGGGGGUGUACAACUAUUACGGGAGUGGAAGCGGCGGGGGAGCUGCAGUUGGAGGAGUGGGAGGUGGCGUCGUUGUCGGGCACAACAGCAAUGUGCAUCUGAACCUGAGCGCCAGCGGGAACAGCGGGCGCAAUGGCAGCUCCGCAACUUUGGAGGACGCCUCGAUGAGCAACAACUACAGCGGGGUUAUGGACCCUCCCGAGAAUGGCCUCUCCACCGCAGCUGCAAAUAGCCUCACCACCGCAGCUGCAAAUAGCCUCACCACCGCAGCUGCAAAUAGCCUCACCACCGCAGCUGCAAAUAGCCUCACCACCGCAGCUGCAAAUAGCCUCACCACCGCAGCUGCAAACGGCCUCACCACCGCAGCUGCAAACGGCCUCACCACCGCAGCUGCAAACGGCCUCACCACCGCAGCUGCAAACGGCCUCACCACCGCAGCUGCAAACGGCCUCACCACCGCAGCUGCAAACGGCCUCACCACCGCAGCUGCAAACGGCCUCACCACCUCUGCUAACAACGGCGUGGCCACCUCCACCGCCAACGGGUUGGCCAACUCGGCUGGGAACUCCACCACCAACUCCGUUGGUAAUAGCGGCCUGGCCAACACGAUUUCUUCUUCCCUUUACCGAAACACGAUGACCCCCAAAUUGUACAUCGACGGCAUCCCGGUGAACACCACCUUUGGAAAGUACGAAGAGGGGAGCUUCUGCGAGAUGAAGAAGGAGGACAAGCUGCGAGGAGCCGCUGGAGCAGCAGUAGCAGCUGCCGAAGGCGGCGCAGGGGCCGACUACGACUUGAAGAUGAGCGAGGAGGAGGCAAAUAAGGGCUUCUUAAAUUACUCCUUCCAGUCCCCCCGGGUCGACAACGAGCAGAGCUUUUCGGACAACUACGUCAACUUCUUUUGA